ACAACUACAGGAGUAACUGAAUCACCAACUACACCUGAACCAACAACUACAGGUGUAACUGAAUCACCAACUACACCUGAACCAACAACUACAGGUGUAACUGAAUCACCAACUACACCUGAACCAACAACUACAGGUACAACUGAAUCACCAACUACACCUGAACCAACAACUACAGGUACAACAGAAUCACCAACUACACCUGAACCAACAACUACAGGUACAACAGAAUCACCAACUACACCUGGACCAACAGCUGCCAGUACAACAGAAUCACCGACUACACCUGAACCAACAACUACAGGUACAACUGAAUCACCAACUACACCUGAACCAACAACUACAGGUGUAACUGAAUCACCAACUACACCUGAAACAACAACUGUUACAACUACGUCACCAACUACACCUGGACCAACAACCUCCAGUACGACUGAAUCAACUACAACCGCCCAAACUCCGGGGGUAGUUAAUGUCCCGCUCUCUUUCAGUAUUGAUCGUGAAUUUAACCCAAAUUUAAGUAAUCGAAGUUCUCCCGAAUUCCGAUCCUUGUCUACCGAUAUUAUUAGAGGGCUUAAUAAUGUGUUUGGAGAAACCCCAGGUUUCCUUCGAGCAGUAGUCAAUAAUUUCAGGAAUGGAUCCAUUAUCGCAAAUUGCACCAUAGAGUACGAAACCACGGCCACACCGCCUACUGAGGCCGAAGUGGUGACUGAUUUGGCGGAUGCUUUAGAAAACGGCACAGAUUUAGGAAACGUCACACUUAUUCGAUCGUCCAUCCGUUCUGGUGAUACCACUUUGAACGAUUUGACAUCUACAACUACAGGUGUAACUGAAUCACCAACUACACCUGAACCAACAACUACAGGUACAACUGAAUCACCAACUACACCUGAAACAACAACUACAGGUACAACUGAAUCACCAACUACACCUGGGCCAACAACUACAGGUACAACUGAAUCACCAACUACACCUGAACCAACAACUACAGGUACAACUGAAUCACCAACUACACCUGAACCAACAACUACAGGUACAACUGAAUCACCAACUACACCUGAACCAACAACUACAGGUACAACUGAAUCACCAACUACACCUGAACCAACAACUACAGGUACAACUGAAUCACCAACUACACCUGAACCAACAACUACAGGUACAACUGAAUCACCAACUACACCUGAACCAACAACUACAGGUACAACUGAAUCACCAACUACACCUGAACCAACAACUACAGGUACAACUGAAUCACCAACUACACCUGAACCAACAACUACAGGUACAACUGAAUCACCAACUACACCUGAACCAACAACUACAGGUACAACCGAAUCACCAACUACACCUGAACCAACAACUACAGGUACAACUGAAUCACCAACUACACCUGAACCAACAACUACAGGUACAACUGAAUCACCAACUACACCUGAACCAACAACUACAGGUACAACUGAAUCACCAACUACACCUGAACCAACAACUACACCUGAACCAACAACUACAGGUACAACUGAAUCACCAACUACACCUGAACCAACAACUACAGGUACAACAGAAUCACCAACUACACCUGAACCAACAACUACAGGUACAACUGAAUCACCAACUACACCUGAAACAACAACUACAGGUACAACUGAAUCACCAACUACACCUGAACCAACAACUACAGGUACAACAGAAUCACCAACUACACCUGAACCAACAACUACAGGUACAACUGAAUCACCAACUACACCUGAACCAACAACUACAGGUACAACUGAAUCACCAACUACACCUGAACCAACAACUACAGGUACAACUGAAUCACCAACUACACCUGAACCAACAACUACAGGUACAACUGAAUCACCAACUACACCUGAACCAACAACUACAGGUACAACUGAAUCACCAACUACACCUGAACCAACAACUACAGGUACAACUGAAUCACCAACUACACCUGAACCAACAACUACAGGUACAACUGAAUCACCAACUACACCUGAACCAACAACUACAGUAACUCAAUCACCAACUACACCUGAACCAACAACUACAGGUACAACUGAAUCACCAACUACACCUGAAACAACAACUACAGGUACAACUGAAUCACCAACUACACCUGAAACAACAACUACAGGUACAACAGAAUCACCAACUACACCUGAAACAACAACAACUGUUACAACUGAAUCACCAACUACACCUGAACCAACAACUACAGGUGUAACUGAAUCACCAACUACACCUGAAACAACAACCACAGGUACAACAGAAUCACCGACUACACCUGAAACAACAACAACUGUUACAACAGAAUCAACAACUACACCUGAACCAACAACUACAGGUACAACAGAAUCAACAACUACACCUGGACCAACAACUACAGGUGUAACUGAAUCACCAACUACACCUGAACCAACAACAACUGUUACAACAGAAUCACCAACUACACCUGAACCAACAACUGUUACAACUGAAUCACCAACUACACCUGAACCAACAACAACUGUUACAACAGAAUCACCAACUACACCUGGACCAACAACCUCCAGUACGACUGAAUCAACUACAACCACCCAAACUCCGGGGGUAGUUAAUGUCCCGCUCUCUUUCAGUAUUGAUCGUGAAUUUAAUCCAAGUUUAAGUGUUCGAAGUUCUCCCGAAUUCCAAUCCUUGUCUACCGAUAUUAUUAGAGGGCUUAAUAAUGUGUUUCGAGAAACCCCAAAUUUCCGUCGAGCAUCUGUCAAUAGUUUCAGGAGAGGAUCCAUUAUCGCAGAUUGCAACCUAGCGUUUGAAAACAACACUAUCCCGCCCACUGAGUCCGAAGUGGUGAGACAAUUGCUGAAUAAUUUAGACAACGGCACAGAGUUAGGAAAUGUUACACUUUUUCCAAGAACCAUCCGUUCUGGUGCUACCACUGUGAACAAUUUGGAGCCUAUUUCUUUGACUAUUUCCUAUGUGAUAGAAGAUAGGGCUUUCACCACCGACCUCAGCAACAUGGGUUCCACUGCGUUUGGAGAUCUCAGCUCUUCAGUGAUUAAUUGGCUUAAUCCAGUGUUGACCUCUGUGUUGCUUCCAAGUACCAUGUCCAAUUAUACUGUCAUGUUUAGCAAUGAUUCAACAAUGGUGCAAGUAUCUACAAACGUGCAAAUCAACACCACCGCCAUUGCGAAUCCGCAAAUGCUGCUUAUGUUACUCAGUCAAAAUGUCAGUGACUCGGGCUUUGAUAUCGUCAUCUCCAGUAUUAUCGUGAACGGUAUGAGCCUUGUCACUGACAGAUUCCCACUGCAACUUCGCUUCACCAAUCUAAACUUCACAACCGACCUCGACAUGAGAGGAACCAACAGGUUCAGAAACCUCAGCGCCACCAUAACAGAAGUGGUGAACGAUAUCUUCAGAAAUAAUCCCAACUUCACCGAUAUCGUAGUUAAUGGAUUUGCGCGUGGGUCAGUUUUGAGCGACACAACUAUCACCGCGGAAAGAGGCACUAUAACACCAGCCGCUGCAGCCCAAGCACUGGCCAAUAACGCUGAUGCGUUUGCCAGGAGGGGUCUACGCUUGGAUGCCAACGCCCUUACCAACACAACGACUACUGUGCCAACAACCACGACGGGAAGGACUACCGCGGUUACCAUGACAACCCCGCCAAUCAUGCCAACCACGCCAAUCAUGCCAACCACGCCAACCACGCCCGGUCAGACGGUCAACCAGAUUCCACCACAACCGUUCCCAAGUUUUGCUAUUGCCAUCAUCGUCAUGUGUAUCCUUGCGCUCUUCGCCACGAUCAUCGCUAUUGUCCUGUGUAUUAAGAGCGGUUAUUGGUCCAAAAUGACAAAUGCCUUCCAGUUGGAAUCCCCUGAUAAUUUAGACUUGCGACUUCCAAUGUUUGGGGGGCGAUCGUACAACUUCAACUGACGAGACACCAGAACUUUGGAUUCAGAGGGAAAAGCUGACAUGGAUUUUGAAGAAUACACAAGAGGAAUAUUGACCGGAGUACGUUUCUAAUAACCCAACCAAACCAAUGCAUGUGUAACCUAAUGGACCAAGGUAUCAUCAUGCUAACUCUUUCAAAUCAAAUCUAUAAAGUGGUAGUUACCAGGUUUUCCUUUAUAAUGAAAAAUAUACAUAUUGUCAUGUUGUAUGGAUGUUGUGUGUCCAGAAUUUGUUUUUGAUGGGAGGUUUGUGUUAAAUUUAUAUAUGUUUGUAAAGUAUUUUCACUGGCUAGUAUAUUACACAUGUUGGCCCAAAUCAGCUUCCUGCCAAAUUGUUGAUAGUCCCGUGGCGUGUGAAAGCUCACUGGCUUGCAGGCAUCUCCAAAGCUAUGCCCUGGACAAACAUUGACCUGCACUGAAUGAAUGGAAUUUUAUUUGAGUGCAAGUGUACACUGGCAUCUGCUGUUUUAUUUACUGGAAGGCUAAGUGAAACAAGCAUGAAGAUAAACAGGGUAGCGAGCAUCGAGAUGAAAUGAGAAUCAGGAGUUUGUGCACUUCAGUGAGUGGUGGUGGGAUUUAUUGCUUACGUCCUUGGCAAAGAGCCAAAACGCAUACUGUGACCGGCAGUAAGUCUGCCCACCACCAAAUUUACCGUCACCAGUUUUGCUGGGGGUUUGCUAGGUGUUGCCCCAGUACUGGUUAGUUUUCAGGUAACACAGAAGCUAAAGGGCAACUUGAGAUCAGAAACACAACCGAGCUUUUCUCAGAUGUGUACAGGUGGAUUAAAGUUGUACGUAGCCCUGGCUUGCAACCUCAUUGUCUUGGUGCUAAAGAUAGACAAAAAAUAACUCAGCGGGACAAGCAGCAUCUCUGGAGAGAAGGAAUGGAUCGAAACCCUUCUUCAGACUGCUGUUGCUUCUUGCUGGGAGGCUCGAUGGUGGACAUCUCAGCAUACAGGAUGGAAGCCACAUCAAUGUCAAUGUCGUUAAUCAGAGGCAGAUCUAGGCAGAUCUUGAGCUCUGAUGCUGGGUACUUGUUUUAAUGAGAAUCUUCUCUACAUGGGACAUACUGUAGAGUGUAGACCACUGUUUACGUAGCUUUACAAAACACAUCUUCACCUUGAUCCUCAAAACUGCCCGUCAGCUCCUGUGUGUAGGGAGAAACAUUAUUUAUAAGGAUACACUGUCCCGCUGUAACAUUGUGUGAGCCAGUGGCAACGAUGGCAAGAACAGGACGCUGGGAUGCAAUUGUAGAAUGCGAUCGCAUUCUUGUGCUAUGAUCCACUGCAGGGGACACUGUCCAUUCAUGCAGCGAAGAGUUUGAACCAUUGUGUGUCAGAGUCCACGUGCCGGUCACCUCCACAACAGGACCUCAAGGCUCAGAUAACCAAGGUGGACAUGCCAAUGAUACGAGGCACAUACACCAUUAACCUGCAGCUUGUUAGAGGUUAUGAGGAGACCUUAUGACUUUUUAAUAAAAAUCGUUCGCGGUUUAGCGAUGAAUAUUUAGUUUACAUUAUAGAUUGUAGACAUGUAAGGAUUUAAUUUAUGUUUUAUAAUUUUGCAUCUUUUCACUACAUUCCACUAACUGUAUCGGACAACGCAGCUCAAACUAAGGCAUGUUGCCAAUGGAAGCAUAAAGCAAAUCGCCCUUGCCUUGUUUGCGAUGCUGAUUUUAUUGAAUCUCACUGUUAAAGCCAGAAGGAUUCCAGACUGUUUUGAUUUGUAAACCGUGUGUUCGGGGCUGGAUCAGGGCUCUCAGCCUGCGUGCAAGAGUGCGUGAUUUGUAGCCACUACAUUACAUAAGCUGUUCACCUCUGGUUGCAAAUGUAUACUGAUCCCUGGCGUUUAGGGAGCUUGAAGUUAGUUUUGUAACCAGAAGACUUCUUGAAAAAUAAAAAUCAUCUCAAAACCUGCACUUUACGUGUUAAAUCCUCCUGUAGCCGGAACCAAUUCUCAGGAAUAGAUCGAUGACAGGAGUGGCUAAUAUUAUUCCUGUCGGGCAAGUCAACUUCACUUGAUAACACACAAAACAGCCUUGGGUCCGAUCCCUAAAGAAUCCCACUGGAACUAUUGCCCAGAGGUAGCUAUAGUUAAAAUUCAACCUCUCCUUUAUCAGAGCUGUCAGCUACAUGACAACAUAUUUACCAUGACAUUAAUUGGCCCAAACCUCACGGGGGAAGAAUGUGAAUACAACAUUCUGGCAACUUCACGCUACUCAAACAGUGGUGGAAAUUCCCCUGUGUGUGCUUAGACAAUAUUUAUACCCCCUCUCAGGCUUGUGUUAUCUGAUCGUGGCCAGGGCAACUGCUGCUCACUAUUUCAUGGCUUCCCAAUUGCUUUGAAGUUUCCUGAAGGGGAAGUAAAGCCACUAAAAUAACAUGACCUUUUUCACGAAGGCAGUCCCAGUGUACAUCACCACUCCUAUUGUUUCUAAGUACAGAAUGUAAGAACAAGGAACUGUAGACGCUGGUUUACCCAAGAGGAAACAAAGUGCUGAGUAACUCAGCGGGUCAGGCAGCAUCUAUGGAGGACAUGGAUAGGUGAUGUUUUGGGUCGGGUCCCUUGUUGGAAUGUCACCUAUCCAUGUUCUAGGGUCCAUACAAGGUGGAAACAGGCCAUUCGGCCCAACUUGCCCACGCCGACCAACAUGCCCCAUCUACACUUCUCCAGAGAUGCUGCCUGGCCCGCUGAGUUACUCCAGUUCUUUGGUUCCUGUAACUACAUUGGGAAUAUAGCGUCGUAAGCUACCUUACCUUGCAGGGAUGCUACAUUUUAAUCAAUUUUAAGGGAUUAUUUAUUGACUAUUCUUACUGUUAAGCACUGAAAUAACUUAAUUGUGCCAAGUUUUCUUUACAAAAAUGCUCGUGCAAUGGAUGGAGCAUGUUGAUGGUUGCAACAAACAUAAUGCAAAGAUAUAUUUUACUGACCUUGUAUUCUUUGUUGUUGCAAAUGUAUUAUAAUAUUAAAUAAAUAUUUCUUACAAAUCAGAACAA